GCAAAACAGGAAAUGAUUUCCAGUGUGCCUGUUGUUCAGUGUUGGAGAGUGUUAAAAGUUGGAGCUGAUGUAUGCAGUUUUAAAAGAUGGUUGUUGUAAACCGAGCAGUAUAGAUGUAUUAUUUGCUACUGCUUGCUGAAGAACCAUAAAAGGAUUUAGAAGAGAUGUGAAAGAAAACUUUAAAGAUGGAGAUGCCAGAAACAUUUGAAGAUGUUGCAAUUACAUUUUCUGAGGAAGAAUGGAAGCUGUUAUCCUCAGCAGACAAAGAACUGUAUCAGGAUGUCAUGAAAGAUAAUUAUGAUGCCAUGAAUUCCUUAGGAUAUGAAAUCCCUAAUGAACAUCUCUUGCGUAUUUUUGAAUGGGAUACUGAAGAGCACAGGAAACUGCCUGGCAAACAUCCCAACAAUGUCAGAUGUGUCAGAGAUGGGCUUGUUCAGAAGACCAGUCUCUAUGGAUUCCGUCAGUACUACAGAGGAGAAAAAACUAUUAGAUGCAGAAUACGUAGGAAGAGGCUGUUUGAUCAGCAGAGCUACAAGAACCAUAAAGUUUCAAAGGACAAUCUGAGUCAAAAAAGUCAGAAUUGCCAUACAUCAUUCCCAAGGAAAGCACUUUCUCAUGCAGGUGUCCACAGGAAGAGUGAUUCCCAUGGAUUUAAUUUCAGUACAUGUUACUACUUGGGAAAAACUGUUUUUAGGUGUACUUACUGUGAGAAGCGUUUUUCAGAACUAUGGUUUCUUAAACAGCAUCACCUCUGUAAACAUGCAGAAACACUGACAAAAGAAGACAGAGCAUCUCUGGAAGCAGAAGCUUUUAAGCAUACUAAUGCUGAUAAAAGUUCAUCAGAUAGUUAUGCUGCAGUGCCUUCCGAAAGAAGUCACACGGAAGAGAAAUAUUUUCAGUGUCCGGAUUAUAGGGAGAGUUUUGGAGGUAAUUCAGCUGUUAAUGAGCACCAGCAAAGUCAUGCAGUAAAAACAGAACCCUAUAAAUGUAGUGUUUGUGGAAAGGCUUAUACAACUAAAGCAGGUGUAGAAUAUCAUCAAAGAAUCCACACCGGCGAGAGACCUUUUAAAUGUCUUCAGUGUGGAAGGGCUUUUCGUGGGAAAUCUACAUGUGAUAAGCACCAGAGGCUUCACAAACUAGGGAGACUUUUUCAAUGUGCAACCUGUGAUAAAUGUUUCAGAAAGAACUCCACCCUUAUUGUGCAUCAGAAAAUUCAUAUAAAAAAAGAACCAGUAGAAUGUACUGCAAAAAGGAAGUUAUUCUCAAAUAGAACACAUUUACUUGCAUCUCUGUGCAGUCAGUUGAAUAUAAAGCCUUUAAAAUGUACUGUCUGUGGUAAAAGAUUUGUAAGAAAGUCUAGUUUUAUUAAACACAAAAAACUUCAUAAAAAGGCGCCAUCUGCCCUGACAUUAAAGUCAUUCAAGUGUACUGAUUGCAGUAAGGAAUUUAAGAGUAAAGGAGGCCUUGCUUAUCACAAAAUGAGUCAUACAGGCGAGAAACCUUUCACAUGUGCUAAAUGUGGAAAAGGUUUUACAACCAAGUAUUCAUUUGAUUACCACCACAUGACCCACACAGGUGAGAAGCCCUUUGAAUGUAAUGUUUGCGGAAAGCAUUUUAGAUCUAAACGAAGUUUUGCUAAACAUGUAAUGAAAGCUUGCUGUGAUCAGAGUAAGGAUGUUCAGACUCAAGGAUGUCUUCCUGAACACACAGUGAGUCAUACAGUAGAAAGACCUUUCACGUGUUCUAAUUGUGGAAAGGGUUUUAAAACCAAAUGUGCACUUGAUUAUCACCAGACGAUCCACACAGGUGUGAAGCCCUUUAAAUGUAGUGAUUGUGGAAAGUGUUUUAGAUCUAGACAAGGUCAUAAAAGUCACAGAUUAAUGAUUUGCACUGAUCGUAUUAAGGAUUUUAAGACUGAAGUAGGGCAUGCUGAUCACAAAAUUAAUUGUACAAGACAGAAACGUUUCAUAUGUCCCAAGUGCGGAAAGGGUUUUACAACCAAGUAUUCAUUUGAUUACCACCAAAUGAUCCACACAGGUGAGAAGCCCUUUGAAUGUAAUGCUUGCGGAAAGCAUUUUAGAUAUAAACAAAGUUAUUCCAAACAUGUAAUGAAGGCUUGCUGUAAUCAGACCAAGGAUGCUCAGGCUGAAGGACAUCUUCCUGAUCACAAAAUGAAUCCUACAGCAGAAAGACCUUUCAAAUGCCAUAAUUGUGGAAAGGGUUUUAAAACCAAAUUUGCACUUGGCUAUCACCAGACAGUCCACACAGGUGUGAAGCCCUUUCAAUGCAGUGAUUGUGGAAAGUGUUUUAGAUCUAAACAAGGCCACAACAGACACAGAUUGAUGAUAUGCACUGGUCGUAAAGCUUUUAAGACUGAAGUAGGUCUUGAUGAGCCCAAAAUAAAUCAUGCAGUUGAGAAACCUUUCACAUGUCCUAAAUGUGGAAAGAGUUUUACAACCAAAUAUGCAUUUAAUUAUCACCAAAUGAUCCACACAGGUGAGAAGCCCUUUGAAUGUAGUGAUUGUGGAAGGUUUUUCCGCUCUAAAUAUUAUUUCAAAAACCACAAAAAGAAGCAUGUGAAUAUUAAGCCUAAGUACAUAGAGCAGGAUAUAAGCUUAACUGUUAACUUGGAUCUUGGAAGUCAUAUGCACUAAACUGAAAGGCUAGAUGUUAUGAAGCAAAAAUUCACAUUGGUUUAAGAGUGUUUGAUGCCUUAAGACUAAUGGAAUGGCUGUCCACAGCUAAAUAAGGUAUCAGUUUUAGUGAGUCUUUGUAAUCUGCAGGAGUAAAGUGUGUUGGAGAGCUUGAUUUUGUUGACAAGUUCUUCCACAAACUUCAAAGACCAGUGUAGUAGUGAUCUUAAAGUAUGUCCCAAUUUUAGACAUAUAUCCUCGUGAUAUAAGAAGUAACAACAGUUCAUGAACACGUUGAGAUUCAGUACUGGAGAAAAUAUAAGUAUAAAUUAGUGGAAAUACUUCAGGCAAUUGAAGGAGAGCAUAUUACCAAAGCUUCUUUACAAGGGAAAAGACCUUUUGAAUGCCCCAAUUACAAAUGGAAUUUUAGAAAUAAACAAAUUAUUGUCGGACACUUUCAGGCAAUAAGAUUUGUGUGUCAAAAUCUGGGUCAGCAUUUUAGGUAGGAACACACAAACAUACUUACACUUAUGCAUGCACGCAAACAUGUGUGCAUGCAUGCACACACACAUGCAAGCAGAAUCAACACGGGAACAUUUUGUUAGUGUGUCAGAAAUCUAACUGGUGAAAAUGGACAUAGCCGUUAUUAAACCAGACUUACAUCCAUGUAGCUGUUUAAAGUGCACACCUAUCCUUGUACCAAAGGUUAUGAAUCCUUGUGAAGUACAAGCAGAGGCUGUACUGUGGAUGUCGUCUGUUGAGAAGCAUACUGUCUGCAAACAGACAAGACUAUUGUAUUAAGGAAAAACAACUGGCCAGUAAAUCCACCAGUAAUUUAUUAAAAUAAUAAAAACUUGUAACUCGGCUCUAACGUCUCGGCUCACCACACAAGCCUUCAAGGAGUAAAAACACAUCAGAAAACCUUGCCUCAUAUAUUAUGUUCAAUUAAACAAUUAAUUAAAUA